AUGGACUGCCCCCCGACCAAGCGCCUCAAAUUCCAGAACAAGGAAGCGGAAGCAGCUUUUGACGACCCCUUCGGAGACGAACAGGACUUUACCCAGGACGAUCUUGCUGAGAUAGACGUCAUCGCCUCACAGGCUGUCAGUGAAGACACCAGCACCAGGUCCAAGCCAGCACCUGCCGGUACCACUUCCACCCCAGCAUUUGGUGGCUCAGCUUUCAUGGGACCAGGAGACCUAAACAAAGUGUUUCCAUUGGACCAAGUGGGUGGCCAGCAGUGGGGAUCAAACAGAGACGACUACUACAGCCUGCUGGAGGCCCAGUGCACACAGCUCAAACUAAAGCUGAAGGAGGUGGAGAAUGAGAUGCUGGUGAAGAAUGGAGAGGUGAGGAUGCUGCGGGACUCUCUGAAAGGAGUCCAGCAGCAGGAUGAGGAGCGGAGGCAGGCGGAGCUGCAGGUAGAGCAGCAGAGACAACAGGAGCAGAGCAAAAAAGAGAAGGAGCUCAAAAGGAAGGUCCAGUCUCUGCAAUCUGAGCUCCAUUUUAAAGAGGCUGAGAUAAAUGAGAUGAGGACCAAACUCCACAGCUCCGAGAAAAGCAACAAGACUCCAGUCACUUCUGUGCUUAGAAACAGUCCCAGACUGCUGAGCUCUGUUGGCCAGUCGCAUCAUGGAAGGGGAGGCAGUUCUUCUACGACAGGAGGUGGUUUUGUAACCAAGGAGACGUUUAGUGCUCACCUCUCCUCCGGAACCUUGCCGGUGAAACCAUCUGGCUCAGCCCAGCUCAGAGAUGACGGAGUUGCCUCCAGCAGUAAACCCACAGACAGACAGGCAGUACUCCCAGACAUCUUCCUGCCAUUCGCCCAGCCUCGGGCCCACCUAGGUUGUGUCCUGUUAAGUCUGUUGUUACAGCAGCCUUUGUCUCCCAGCACUCUGGGUCUCCAUCAUCUCCUCAGUGUCAGUCCAAACAACCUGCGUACACCGAGAGGACUCUAUGUGGGAUCCAGCAGUUCUCCUGGCAAAAUGGUUCAGAAUGACAGAACCAGGACCAGCAUCAGUAGAACUACCUUCAGUCUGAUCCAGACCCAAGCUUUGACCGGCCUCAACAUUCUGAGCCAGAGCCGGAACCCGCCUGCUGCCAGAGCCACUAGAUCCAAGUUCUGUCCAGGUGCUGUUCACCUCCUGCCUCUACUGGAUCACCACCUGACCCAGCUCUGCCAGGCUCUCCACGCACUCAGUCCCGCCAUCUCCGGUGCCAACAUUCCAUCUGCACCAGGGGGUUGUCAUGGCAUCAGUCCUCCAGGAGACGGUUCUGUGUUAGGUUUUUCCUGCUCCAGCCUGGCCUGUGGAGGUCUGGAGGAGGCCGGCUUUAGUCUGGAGGAGGCCGGGCUGGCGGCGCUGAGGGUCCUCUCUCUGCUUCUGGCCUACAGUGAUGAGGUGGUGCAGCAGGUGCUAUCUGUAUGGAGCCACAGUGAGGAGUUACAGUCAGGCACAGAGCUGCCUGGCAGUAAGACUACAGGUCCUCCAGGUGGCGGACUACACUCCCAGCAUGCUGUGGGCCAGCACCUGCUGCAGCUGUGUGACCCGCUGUUCUGCAGUGGCUGUGGUCGUAAGGAGGUUUUGGUCCAAACUGCUCUGAAAACACUGUGUGUUCUGCUAGAGCGCACACCACACACACACAGUGUGUUGUGGAGUCGUGCAGUGUGUGUGUGUUUGUCAGUAGACAGUAAUGUACAGACAGUAAUGGAGUGUGUGUCUGUACUGCUGUGUGUAUCUGACAAGGAACCACUGGAUGUUAACCUCUGUUCGCAACACGAGACCUGUGUGUUCCUGAGGCUGUUCCACUUUAUCAGAACCAGACCAGACCCUCAGGCCACACACACACAAUGGAUCUCCAUGGACCUACAGGUGGUCAGGCUGUUGAGCAGACUGCUGACCCAGAGAAGACAGACCUGGUCCUCUUAUGUGCACGCUAACUGUCAGUGUUACACUGAGUUGGUCCAGACAGUGGUUGUCAUUCUUCAUCGUCAGUGGCUGGAACUCAGAGACCCCCUGACCACAGCUCUAACAGGUCAGGAGAGUGGUGCUCCUGCAGCCCAGCCAUGGUGCUUUGGUCCUGGACUGAACGUGCUGAGAGAGUCCCUGGUGCUGCUCCACUGGCUGCAGGUCAACCACAGCAGCUUCUCCGACUGCUGCAGGCCAGUGUUCCAUAUGUAUGACCAGCUCAUCCCCGCUGUGAAAGACACACUCCGGAAUAUACCCGACAUGUCAGAGGGAGAAGAGCUGGCCUUGGAUGACGUCUGCCGCUCUGAGGCGGAUGACACAGAGGACAUGGACACCGACGGCUCCUGAUUGGCUGCUGUUGCCACGGCUCCUCCAAUCAGGUGUCAGAGUGGGCUGGAGCUCUGUGAUAUCACCGCAGUACUGACUGAAACGGGACAGCGGAGAGGGAGUGUGUUCUGGUACCAGCUGACCCCAUCAGAUCCCUGCAGUACCUUCCUUGUUUAUUAAAUUUAUUCAACUAACCUACAGCUGCAUGAGACCGUUUUAUGUCUGUGACUUGGUAAUUGGGGCGAUUUUCUCAGUAAAUUACAACUGUAGCCUAAAAUCACCCUGACUUACUGAGACAAGUUGUGAAGAAACAUCUUUGGCUCAGUUGUGUAUCUGAGAUAAUGUUCUGAUAUAUUCUGGUGGAGGAAGCAGACGCGACAGUUGGUUUGAUGUGACGUCUGGACCAGACCAGAGGAAGACAGACGUGACCGUGGGUUUUUGCUCUCCACACUCUUCUCUGACGACGCUAAAGACGGCUGGACCAGGCCAACAGAAGCCGGGGCCUUGCUGAUGAUGGAGGUUUGAAUUCUAUAAGGCUGAUGUCAGAACGGGACCCUCAGACUGAGGGCUCUGGACUCCCAUGAUUCUAAGCAGCAAACCUGAUCCAGGAGCCUCUAGGUAUUCAUUUUAUUUUAUUUCAGACACUUUGAAGCUCAACUGGUUUAAUAGCCAGAACUGGAAAACACCUUGAAACUGUUGUGUUGAGUAAACGAGUCAGUAAAUAAAACAUUAUUAAUGGAACGAUACGUGACAGGAAGCAGUGAAUUUAGAAGCUGCCAAACGUACGGCUUUUCAGACAGCUCUCAAGAGUUACAAAGGAAUAAAUGUUCCUUUCUGGUGCUUCCCACCUCUGCUCUAUUUAAUCUUGUAUGUGUGUGUAGGGUGGCACAGUGGUUAGCACGGUUGCCUCACAGCAAGAAGGUCCUGGGUUCGAGCCCCGGGGUAGUCCAACCUUGGGGGGGUCGUCCCAGGUCGUCUUCUGUGUGGAGUUUGCAUGUUCUCCCCGUGUCUGCGCGGGUUUCCUGCGGGGGCUCCGGUUUCCUCCCACAGUCCAAAGACAUGUAGGUCAGGUGAAUCAGCCGUACUAAAUUGUCCCUAAUUGUGAAUGUGUGUGGGCCCUGUGUCCAGGGUGUCUCCCCGCCUGCCACCCAAUGACUGCUGGGAUAGACUCCAGCAUCCCCGCAACCCUGAGAGCAGGAUAAGUGGCUUGGAUAAUGGAUGGAUGUAAUCUUUUUUUUGGUCAUUCAUUUUCCAAGCUGCUUAUCUUAAUUAGGGUGGCGGAGUGCUGGAGCCUCUCCCAGCCCUCAUUGGGCUGAAGGUGGGGAAACACCUUGGACAGGUGGCCAGUCCAUCACAGGACAGACAUACCUAGGGCCAGUUUAAUAUCUCCCAUUC